ACAUUGGUAAAUGAUUAGAUUUCAGGUUAGAUAGUCUGAAAGUACAGCAAUGAUACUGCAAACUUCGCAUUCUGACACGCCACACUGUUGUGUUGGUUAACUGUUAACAAACUGUUUUUAACUCUGUUUGAACGCUCUUUUGUAGUCCAGUUGUAGUACAUUAUGUCCCUGAGAUGACUGAGUCAGAUCCACUGGGUUUUAGAAAGAAUCUCAAGCAAAACUAGCACAGACCACUAGAACCCCCCUCCUCUGAUCACAUGACCAAUGACCAUGAUGGUGAUGGCGGAGCUUCUCCCUUCACCGUGUCCGUCCCUCCGCGAGACUACGAGGUAGAAGAGGAUCCUGUCGGGAGGUCGUGUUCACUGACUGGUGAUUAUUGGGUGCAAGAGGAACCACCUGCCUUUAGGGUUGAAAGUUUGGCACAAGUGCGAGAAAAAGUGCAAAAGAAAACCUUCACUAGGUGGGCUAACAUGAGUCUCAGCAAAAAGGAUCAAAUAAGAGAUUUGUUUGAAGAUUUGAAGUCUGGUACAACCCUGAUAAAACUGAUCAAUAUCCUGUCCGAAUCUAGUCUUCGUCCUGAGCGAGGUAGAAUGGAGAUUCAUAACAGAUCAAACAUUGGUCGAGCUCUGGAGGCACUCUCAAAAGUUGAUCCUCAACACGGCAUCUCCAUCUCUGCUAUAUACGAGGGUAUCCCCAAGCUAACACUUGCUCUCUGCUGGCAUCUCAUCCUCCGAUACUCUCACUUACAAGAACGAGAUAUGAUGGGCGUAUCUGCUGAGGUCCACUGCAAGAACUGGUGCGGAGAGAACGCUGCAGGUUACGUAGGUCUAGAGAACAUUGAGAAGGACUUCCUGGGAACCUGGAUAACUGGCCUUGUUCUCCCCGCUAUUAUCAGCAGAAAUAAACCUGAACUGAUUGAUUACGCGGAUAUAUACCACAACAAGACCCCUGAACAGAGGUUCGCCAUAGCUUUUGGGCUUGUGGAGAAGAACUACUCAGUUCCUAAACUGCUGGAUGUGGAGGAUAUGAACAAGCAGCAUAUAGACGACCAAAGUGUGGUGACCUAUCUGAUGCUGCUGAACAAGGUCCUGUCGGAUAACGUGCCAGACAUUCCACCGGCUAUCGUGAAACUAAAACAACAACUCACCCAUGAAUACCAGCUAUUGGAGGAAGAUCUAGAUGAUGAAAGUUCGACCGAAGAGGAGGAGGAAGAUUUAAUGGUGGAAGAAACAGAUCUCACCCCAGUUGAAGACUCAGAUCUCCCCCAAAUAAUGGCUGCGCGAGAGCAGAGUCUCUCGACCACACCAGAGUACAAUUCUCGUGAGGAGGACAAGGAUUCCGGGCUGGAACUGGAGGACUACUCUCCCGUCAACAACUCAGAAAAACCGAUCCCCCGUGCCGAGCAGGCAGUAAGAGACCAGGACGCAGUGUCUCAACGAGACAGCAGCAUAACCCUGGACAGUGAGGCUGAGUACUUGUCUGCUGCUAGUUCACCAGUUCUAGGGUCUAGACGCUUCAAUGGGGACACGGAUAACUCUGAAACAACGAGCCCCACCUCCGAAGAGAUGAUACCAGACACCAUGGAGACAGCUGAGACGAUGAGACUGCCUAUUGCUGAGCUGGAAGCAACUCUCAAUUAUAUAACCAACAUACCAGAGAAUAUACCAGUAACAGUUUCUAAUCUGGAGGAGUUGAAAUUGUUGCUAAAAGAGAGGGGCGAGGAGUGCGCGGCUCUACAGACUCAAAUUAAUCAUCAGUUGAACUGGAAGCAAGAGUGGGACAAGAGAGCGGAUCUCCACAAGCUCCUCUCCCAGACCGGUCGGUUUGAUGACGCUCUCAGAGGGGCUGCCUCAGAGCUGGAUAACUUUGUCAAUAUGCUGGACGAGUUUGAGAAGGCGGUCGCACGGUCCCAGGAGUUCGCUGAUAGCGCCGAGGAGUACUUAGCAGAAGAAGAUAUCCCGAGUACAGCUACAGAGACCAACAACACAUUAACAGAACAAAAGGAUCUGCUGAACACUUUAGAAGAGGAACAGAGAAAUCUAGAGUACUCUUAUCGCUCACUCAGUCGCGCUAUACCCAAGAUAAUCCCCUUGUCGAUAUACGAGCAACAGAGAUCGGUUACAGCAGUGCAGAACAGUCUGAGUGAUAUAGAGGGUGUUAUCAGUGGAAGUGUGGAGACACUAUCCUUCCUCUCCUCCAGGUUACCCUCGUUGGAGCAAAAGUUGCAAGAUGCUGAUGAGAUCCUUACAAAAACUGAGGAUGAGAUUGACAGUAUGGACUCUGGGAGCAUAAACCCUGAGGAUUUGCAGCUCCAGAUGGACCGAGCUAACACCCACCUUGCCACCGUAGACAACCUCUUCACAGCUAUAGAGAGUUUCAGCUCUGAGUUCAACUUGCAACCUCUCAAAGUUGAGUGGGAAGAGCUGAACCUGAGGGCUGACAGAUCACGAAACAAGAUACUUGAAAUGGUUGAAACAGAGGAAGCUGUGUCAGAGGAAGUGGUCGCUGUAUCCGACUGGGCUGAAACGUUGGAGACUUUCCUUCAGAGGAGAAUGAAAGCUAUCGAAUCCAGGAAACAACUUAGAGAGGUGCAAGGUAAAUGGAAGGAGGUAGCUGAAGAUCUGCGUACGAAAUGUGAGGAGAUAGAAGUCCUACUACAAAGUGACUACAGUACUCAAGAUCACCGAGUCAUGUCCCCUCUAGAUAAGGACACUCUUAUCUCCCUCCGCAAUCAGCUUGCUUCACUUCAGACACCACUUCAGAGCAGGAGGGAGCUUCUCCAGGAGGCUUAUUCUAACUGGGGAAAUGUUGAAUCUCAGAUGAAAUCACUGUCUCUGAAUAUGUUGAAUUUGGAGUUUGCACCCUCUGGAGCGAGGUAUGAAAUGCCAGGUGGUGAAUGGUCGGUGAGGCCUAUGUUAGAGUAUGUUGAUAGGCUAACAGAGAGUGAGAAAGAGUUGGAGGAACAAGCCCAGCAACUUCAGAGUUUAGUUCAGAACAUUUCCGAUCUUCCCACCGCUAUUCUAGACACAUCCACCAUAGUUAAGGAGCGGGAAAAUCUCCUCAAUAAACACACAGUUCUGUGCAAACGAGCCAGCAAUAAACGUGUCAAAUUCCAGAGAACUUGUCUCAAACUGGAACCAGUAUUACCGUUCCUCAGACCCGUUUAUUUGAACAAAAUCAAGUGGUUGUACAAAAAACCAUUGCCGGACAUAGACUCAAAACGAGAUAGUUCCUCCUCUCAGAUUGUUGCAGUUCUUAAGAAUCCUAAGAUGUUGAAAACUGUGCGGUAUUCCCAGUAUUGGCAUGCUGUCAGGACUGUUGCCCCGGAGAAGAUCCCGCUGAUGUUGCUAACUUGGUUUGCGUACGCUCUGGGACCCUGGGGUAUGGGGUGUUCUACUGACAAACCCAUGAUGAUCUCACUUUAUACGCCAGAUUUAAGGAUUUGAACAAUUUGGAAUAUUUUCUCGUAAUUUCGGGACCAGAAUUGACAAUGUUGAUUGAAACUGAGGAUUGUGAAGAAACAAAGUUUAAUCUCUAUCGGUACAAGAAAGCUAUUUGGUAGCAGACAGCGAGGAAUAACAAUUAAAUGAUAGGUUUCCGACUACCCGCGCUACGUUUUAAAAAGUGUUGCCGCUGUAAAACGGACGAAGGAUGAACAUGUUUCCCUGUUUUAGAAUUUAGGUGUAAAUUUGUAGGUUAAGCUGUAAGUUUUUUGUUUUUUUUUCAGAAUAUAUUAUUGUUUGCAAAUAUAAAUUAUGUGUUAUAUAAGGGUAUUAAUGCUGAUGCUUCAACUAGAUAUUAUUGUUUGAAAAUAAAAUGUAUUAAAUUCUUGUAUGUGUAUUAGUCGGGAAUUUUAGUUUGUUAAUAGGAAAAUGUCAAACACAAUUUGUUGAUUAUCAUUAAUAAUUAUU